CUUGAAUGAGAAGCGGCUGGAGCUUCAGCGCGAGCGCCUUGAGAAUGAGAAAAAAGCCUUCGUGGAGCAGCUGCAUCGUGCGCAAGCUGCGCACUCAAAGAAGCGUGAGCAGGAAGCGCCUGCUGCAAUGCCAUACAUGAAGAAGCAGAAGGUUCCACUGGCGUCGCUGCUGCAGGAGGCGCUUUCGCAACCAUCUGCGGUGGAGUCUAGCUGUUCUGCAUCUGUGCAAGCUCGCUCAUCGUCUUGCAGAGUGCCCGCAGAGACAAGCUCGUCUUCUUCGUCUUCCGUCAGGUUCGGUCUGCGAGCAGCAUCAUCUUCUUCUUCAGGAAAAGCGUCAGACGCGCACAACGCCACUUUCACCAGUACGGACGACGUUGAUGUUGAAGAAGAUGGCGACGCCAUGCAGGGCUUCAUUGAUUUACUUCGUGUCAAGUUUCCAGGCCUCCGAG